GGGAUCUCGGAUGUUACCACAGUAGUGGUAGUGGUGAUCGUUCCAUCCUCACCAGCGGGGCAGUUGGGUCCGGCGCACUCAGUGCCAGGUUCUCCCACAAUGACUCCAGUGGUAGCGUCUCCCGGCUGUCCCUCUCCUCCUUCCGGGAUCUCGGAUGUCACCACAGAAGUGGUAGUGGUGAUCGUUCCAUCCUCACCAGCGGGGCAGUUGGGUCCGGUGCACUCAGUGCCAGGUUCUCCCGCAGUGACUCCAGUGGUAGCGUCUCCCGGCUGUCCUUCUCCUCCUUCCGGGAUCUCGGAUGUCACCACAGUAGUGGUAGUGGUGAUCGUUCCAUCCUCACCAGCGGGGCAGUUGGGUCCGGUACACUCAGUGCCAGGUUCUCCCGCAGUGACUCCAGUGGUAACGUCUCCCGGCUGUCCCUCUCCUCCUUCCGGGAUCUCGGAUGUUACCACAGUAGUGGUAGUGGUGAUCGUUCCAUCCUCACCAGCAGGGCAGUUGGGUCCGGUGCACUCAGUGCCAGGUUCUCCCGCAGUGACUCCAGUGGUAACGUCUCCCGGCUGUUCUUCUCCUCCUUCCGGGAUCUCGGAUGUUACCACAGUAGUGGUAGUGGUGAUCGUUCCAUCCUCACCAGUAGGGCAGUUGGAUCCGGCGCACUCAGUGCCAGGUUCUCCCGCAAUGACUCCAGUGGUAACGUCUCCCGGCUGUCCUUCUGCUCCUUCAGGGAUCUCAGAUGUUACCACAGUAGUGGAAGUGGUGAUCGUUCCAUCCUCACCAGUAGGGCAGUUGGGUCCAGUGCACUCAGUGCCAGGUUCUCCCGCAAUGACUCCAGUGGUAACGUCUCCCGGCUGUCCUUCUCCUCCUUCCGGGAUCUCAGAUGUUACCACAGUAGUAGUAGUAGUGCUUGUUCCAUCCUCACCAGCAGGACAGUUGGGUCCGGUGCAGGUUCCAGUAACAGGUACUCCGGGCUCCCCUUGGGCUGUGUUCUGGCUUUCUGAAUCCUCGAUCACGGAAGAAGAGCUUUCUGGAGGC